CAUCUUUUACAUAGCCCCUUACCUCUUACACGGCUCAGUGAUCAGCCAAGUAUGCUCUCAAGAAGUAGAUGAUAGAGUAGUCUUCGCUCCUCGUCCUCCAUGACGUCCCCACAUUCCGCUCUCCCCCCUCCCCCUUCUCCACCACAUUCCCCCAUCAGCUCCAGCCAUUCCUCCCAUGAAAGUCUCCGAGCGUUAGAGCUGUCAGAAUCUUUUCCUGAAAACUCAAUUCGACCAGGAUUAGGACGACACAAUCGGUCUUCUACCAUUACGAGCUUAGGAGGAUUCGACUUUCAACAUACACUCCUUCCUCUAACCCCUAGCGGAGAGGUCAUCCCCGUUCAAGCGCAGGAUGAGAAACAUGUGGGACUGCUACAUGGCCUAGCUCUGGUGGUAGGAGCUCAAGUGGGAUCGGGGAUCUUCUCAAGCCCCGGAGUGGUCGUAGCCGAGGUAGGAAGUGUAGGUGCCAGUCUGUUGGUUUGGAUCAUAUCUGGUCUUUUGGCAUGGACAGGUGCCAGUUCAUUUGCCGAGUUAGGUUGCGCUAUACCUCUUUCAGGAGGUGCUCAAGCCUAUUUGGCUUAUUCUUUUGGACCUAUGUUAUCUUAUCUUUACACUUUUACGGCAGUAUCGACUCUGAAACCUGGAAGCAGUGCCAUCGUUUCCCUUAUUUUUGGAGAGUAUGUCAAUAGGGCUGCAUUCCAUGCUAUUUCUCGAGAUCCUGAGGCUGUCGUUCCCGAGUGGACUUUCAAAAUCACAGCCACAAUCGCUAUCAUCAGUGUCUCCGUCCUCAAUCUCAUCUCGAGAAGUAUGGGUACCAACUUUUCCGUGGUCAUCACCUCUAUCAAAGUCGGUGCGUUACUCGCUGUCGCCAUUCUUGGACUAGUGUAUUUCCUGGAUCACGGAGCUCCUGAAUCCUUCCAACCGCAGAACUUCUUCUCUGGGACUUCUUCUCGACCAAGCAGUUACGCCAUCGCGCUAUACUCUGGUUUAUGGGCUUUCGACGGAUGGGAUCAAUGCAAUCUGGUGGCAGGAGAGAUGCGAAAUCCCGAACGUGACCUCCCCCGGACGCUCCAUGGAAGUAUGACAAUCGUCCUCGUGCUCUUCGUCACUGCCAACUUGAGCUAUUUCGUGGUUUUGGAUCCCGAGACGGUGGCUUCGAGCAAUACUGUAGCCUUGGAUUUCGGUAAAGCUGUUAUUGGGACGUUUGGAGCGGCGGUGUUCAGCACCUUGGUAGCUAUCAGCUGUUUUGGGGCAUUAAACAAUGGCUUCUUCACCACCGCUCGAUUAAUCUACGCCGCUUCAAGAGAGAACUUCCUCCCUUCCAUGUUUUCCGAAUUACACCAUCGUCGAAGGACUCCUGAUAACGCAAUGGCAUUACAAGCGGGACUGGCGUUAUUUUACGUGAUCUUUGGGGGAGGUUUCAGACGUUUACUCAACUUCUUUUCAGUGGUCAGCUGGACAUUCUAUCUCCUCACCGUACUAGGCCUAUUGGUAUUAAGGGUGAAAGAACCGCAUCUGGAAAGACCGUACAAGACCAUGCUCAUCACUCCUAUUAUCUUCUGUGCUGUGGCUCUGUUCUUAUUGCUCAUGCCGAUAUUCGCUGCCCCUUGGGAAGCUCUUGCUGCUUUCAUGUUCAUUUUUGCCGGAGUGCCAAUGUAUUACAUUACGGCAAGGGGUCGUGUGGGUUCAGCUACAUAUGCGUACGAUGUGGAGACUACAUGGCGUGGGACUUUUGAUUACGCAUGGAAAACGUUCCGAGACGAUGUAGUCGGCUUGCUGCCAGGUCACAAGCCACAAUCACGGCCAAGUCGAAUAGACGAAGGUUCCGUACCCAUCCUCCGUUCCGAACAUAUGGAAAUGUCAGAAAGAGGGUGAACAUAUCAUCUUGCAUAGCAUAUUUUG